AUGCUCGAAAUCUUUUGCGAAGGCGGAGGAGGAUGUGCCAGUUGUUUGGUCCUCCCUGAACACGAUGGUGUGCCGGAUGAUUUGCUGAAAGUGUACACUGCCUCUGGAUGUAUGAAAGUGGUGGAAUCAGUGCUUACUGUAAGGACGCCUACGGCCACGAUCGAUUUCACUCCAAACUUCAUUGGAACAAAGAAGUUUGUCGUUGCUGUCGUUAAUAGUAAUACGUUGAAGCUGGAAAGAGGUUUUCUGGUUUUUGGAAAAUCUGAAGCACCACGGAUAACUCAAAAGUAUAUCAUGAAUAUUCCAGCGACCGAUGAAGCCGUUCGAAGAACCUCACUUUUUUCGGGGCUAUAUGAGUUGAGGGAAAAUCGCUAUUCGAAACCCAUACGGUCUUCCAAAAACGUUCCGUAUCACAACAUCUCAUCCGGAAUUGUGAAAAUCACCGAUCAAUUGAUGUCGGUUCCCCCAAUGGGUAAACUUCCGUGUGAGAUGUUCUUUGUCAGAAAUUCCCAUCAUCAUCAGAAUAUUGAAACACUUCUCUACAUUUCGGAUGCUGAGACGUAUGUUCAGGAAGAAGCAUAUUCCCUGACUUUAGACUUUGAAGCUUCAUAG